AUGGAUGGACCAGAAACCUUCCGCAGUUCGCCACGAUCGUCUAUGCUGCGGGCCAACGUUUUUGCACUUGAGUCCCUAUGCGUUCUAGGGGUUUAUGGAUGCAUCCUGCUGUGGCCAAAGAUGCAGUGGCCGGGGCAUUCCAAAGAUGCAUGGCGCUGCCAGGUCCUGUUCGUAUUUGGAGUCGUAUACAUGCUUCGCUUAAAUGUCAUGGCACGGUGGCUGUUGCCCCGAGAGCUGGCCACAGAGGAACUCACGGUGGUGAUUCUUUGGAUUCUGACGAUACUCGUGUCGUUUGGUGCUGGCGCGCUGCUCACGGGCACCCCGGACGACCUAAGCAUUUCGUUGGCUGUGGCUUUGUACUGCUUGGGCUCUUUUGUCAACACCUGGUCGGAACUCCAACGAAAGUGGUGGAAGGCAAAACCUGAGAACAAGGGCCGCUGCUACACUUUAGGACUCUUCUCCCUGAGCCGGAACAUCAACUACCUCGGUGAUGUUUUGCUGUUCUUGGGCUGGGCUGCGGCUACCGGAUGUUGGUGGAAUCUGUGGGCCCCUGUUGUCAUGGCCGCUUCAUUUUAUUUCUAUCACAUUCCUGAUAAGGAACAGUACUUGUCGGAGCGCUAUAAGGUGGACUGGCCCGCAUACGCAGCCUCGACGAAAUCCUUCAUUCCGUUUCUUUGUUGA